UUAUGUGUAGUAGUGAAGUAGUAUAAAGUGCGACCCCAUUUCCUUUGAUUUUCAUCAUCGAAACAACAACAACAACAACACUAUCAUUCAUAAUACUUUACCUUUCGAAUUUCCAACUACAUAAGAAUUAAUAAUCAUGGCUGAGGAGAAUCAGAACAAGUACGAGGAAACUACAGCAACCAACUCUGAGACGACAGAGAUCAAAGACAGGGGUGUUUUUGAUUUCCUAGGUGGUAAGAAAAAGGAUGAAGAACAUAAGCCUCAAGAGGAAGCUAUUGCAACUGAUUUUAAUCACAAGGUGACUUUGUAUGAAGCUCCAUCAGAGACCAAAGUUGAAGAAAAAGAAGAAGGUGAAAAGAAACACACCAGCCUCUUGGAGAAACUUCACCGAUCUGAUAGCUCUUCAAGCUCUUCGAGCGAGGAGGAAGUUGAUGGAGAGAAGAGGAAAAAGAAGAAGAAAGAAAAGAAGGAGGACACAUCAGUGGCAGUAGAGAAAGUUGAUGGAACAACUGAGGAGAAGAAAGGCUUCCUAGACAAGAUUAAGGAGAAGCUUCCAGGACACAAGAAAACUGAUGAUGUAACAACUCCACCAGCACCACCUGUUGUUGUUGCUCCUGCUGAGACAACAACUACUAGUCAUGAUCAAGGAGAUCAGAAGAAAGGUAUAUUGGAAAAGAUCAAAGAGAAGAUUCCUGGUUAUCACCCUAAGACUGCUACUGAUCAUGAUCAUGAUCAUGAUCACAAGGAUGAGACUACUUCUCAUUGAUUAUCAUCGAUCCAUUCUUCUGUUUUGUGGCUUUGGGGGUGCUUUGUUUAAUUCAUUUUCAUUUCAAUACGUACUAAGGCCUUAUCAUUUUCUGUGUUAUUUCUUUCUUCAUCAUAUAUGCAUCUGCUACUUAAUUUGUCUUUAAUUUGUGUCUACUUUUUUAAAAUACACAGAAAAGAAAAGUUGUUUGGGUUUCAUUUAUCUGUUCUUAGUGUAUUAAAAAAAAAUUAUGGAAUAUGAAUUAUCUAUUUUGUUUGUGAA